GGAAGCUGAAGAGGAAAGCUCUGUAGCAAGAGCCCUGCUGAGCCAAGGCAUUUACACCUGGGUUCUUCAACUUUGGGGUCACCGAGCUGCAAAUCAUGGAGACCACUAACUGAGAAGGACCUCUCAGUUCUGUGUCCCUGCAAGGAGAAUUCCAGAGAAAGCUCUACAAGGAGCUCCUGAAGAAUUACAACCCUCUGGAGAGACCUGUGGCCAACGAUUCCCAGCCACUCACUGUCAACUUCACACUCAGCCUCAUGCAGAUCAUGGAUGUGGAUGAAAAGAACCAAGUCUUAACAACAAACAUUUGGUUACAAAUGUAUUGGACAGAUUACUAUUUACAAUGGAAUGUAUCUGAGUACCCUGGAGUGAAGAAUGUUCGUUUUCCUGAUGGUCAGAUUUGGAAACCAGAUAUUCUUCUGUAUAACAGUGCUGAUGAACGGUUUGAUGCUACAUUUCACACCAAUGUUUUAGUCAAUUCUUCAGGACACUGUCAAUACCUACCUCCAGGCAUAUUCAAAAGCUCUUGCUACAUAGAUGUGCGCUGGUUUCCAUUUGAUGUUCAGAAGUGCAAUUUGAAGUUUGGAUCAUGGACCUAUGGUGGUUGGUCUUUGGACUUACAGAUGCAAGAAGCAGAUAUAUCAGGCUAUAUUUCAAAUGGAGAGUGGGAUCUUGUAGGAGUCCCUGGGAAGAGGAGUGAGAGUUUUUAUGAAUGUUGUAAAGAACCAUACCCAGAUGUGACAUUCACAGUGACUAUGAGACGUAGGACUCUUUAUUAUGGACUCAAUCUUCUCAUUCCUUGUGUACUGAUAUCUGGACUUGCUCUUUUAGUUUUUCUACUUCCAGCAGACUCAGGAGAAAAGAUCUCGCUAGGGAUAACAGUUUUAUUGUCUCUCACUGUCUUUAUGUUACUUGUGGCAGAAAUUAUGCCAGCAACAUCGGAUUCUGUACCAUUAAUAGCUCAGUAUUUUGCCAGCACUAUGAUUAUUGUUGGUCUGUCGGUUGUUGUCACUGUUAUUGUUCUACAAUAUCAUCAUCACGAUCCAAAUGGAGGGAAAAUGCCCAAAUGGACCAGAAUCAUACUUCUGAACUGGUGUGCCUGGUUCCUGAGGAUGAAGAGACCAGGGGAGGAUAAAGUGCGCCCUGCCUGUCAGCAUAAGCAACGUAGGUGUAGCUUGUCCAGUGUGGAGAUGAAUACUAUGAGUGGACAGCAGUCCAGUAAUGGAAACAUGCUCUAUAUUGGGUUCAGGGGGCUAGAAGGGGUCCAUUGUACUCCCACCACUGAUUCUGGGGUAAUCUGUGGGAGGAUGACUUGUUCACCAACCGAGGAAGAAAAUCUCCUGCACAGUGGGCAUCCCUCUGAAGGUGACCCAGAUUUAGCUAAGAUCUUGGAAGAGGUCCGCUACAUUGCAAACCGGUUCAGAGACCAGGAUGAGGAGGAAGCUAUUUGCAAUGAAUGGAAGUUUGCUGCCUCCGUGGUAGAUCGUCUCUGCUUGAUGGCCUUUUCUGUCUUCACCAUCAUUUGUACGAUUGGUAUUUUAAUGUCAGCACCGAACUUUGUGGAGGCUGUGUCUAAAGAUUUUGCUUAAUUACCUAGCUGUAAAUCUGCAAAAUGUCAGUAGUCCUCUGAGGUUUGUCAUGUAGCAAAUAUAUGGAGUACAUGAUCUUUAUUUUCCACCCUUAUAGUUCAGCACUACUGAAAAUCAGGCCUAUUUUACCCCAGUCAAGUUGGGCAUAUAAAAACAGAGGCAGCCCAAGUCAUUGAUUACUUCUGAAAAUUGAAGCUACCAACUUCAGUGGGAGCCAGCUGUGAGAUCACAGAACCUUAUGUUCAUUUAUGUAAUUCUUUCAUUCAGGGGUAAAUUAUUGCAGGUUAGCUUCUACUUAGCACAGGAUAGAGUAGAAAGAUGAAACAGAUUGGCUUAAUCCGUGGUAAAUUCUUCUCCUCUCACCUGUUUUGAAUCUGUAUACUUAUGUUGUCUGUCCAUACCCUGAGACUUGUUUCUUGAAUGUCAGGCUCCUAGAGAGAAAAUCAUGUUGGUUAUUUACUGGCAUUACCUGGAUUUGAACUGCAGAAUCAGAAGGAAAGGCCUUUAGUGAGUUCCUCAGCCCUGUUCAGGGCCCUUCAUGUCAGCAAAAAAGGACCAGACACAUGAAAAGGUGAAGUGAAAGUCCUGUGUUUGACCAGGGAACAGUUCUUCUGGCAGAGUCCCAGCAGAAAAGGGCUAGAAGGCUGCCUCCCAUCAGUCUCUUUGAGAGCAGUGAAAUGGGGGCCUGUUGGUAGUGGGAAGAGGAUAGGGAUUACAAGGACUCUUCAUGCAUCUGUUAUGCAAGGUGUUUCUCUAGUGUUUGGUGGGGCAGACCAGAAUCAUAUAGGUGCAAGGAGCCCUUAAUCCAUUUAGCUCCUGGCCCCCAAAUGCUGUGAAGUCUGUUCAGUGCAAAAUCUUAACUGUGAUAUCAACAGUUGAGCAAAUAAUUUGUAUUUAUUAAUGUAUUCACUGAUAUAUUUGUUAGGUGUCCUUGUGGGAAUAAAUAAGCUAUUUUUCAUAUGUAUUUGUGCAGAAAUAUUUACCAAAUAAUUCCUGAAAAUAAUCUUUGUGGAUUGCUCAUAAGCAAUUCACUGCGAAGAGUCGGUAUUUGAAAUCUGAGCUGUUUGUUCAUUUGAGUAGAAUAUGCGUGUCCACCCCAACUGGAUGAGCUUAGAACUGGCUUUCUGGUGUGAAAAAGUAGGUUUGCGUUGGCACAUUUUCGUCUGCAAACGUUGUUUAAAAUCUCAUAUACAAAUGUGCUGGUUCAGCAAACAUUCCUGUUCAGAAUAUUCACCAAAUGCGAGUGCAAAAGGGGGCACCCACUGAACCAGAACAAACUGUUGAUUAGACCGAUUAACCCUGGAGUGUGUUGCCAGCUGCCUCAAGUUUUUACUAGCUGAGAGCAAUUCCCUGCCUCCAAAUGGGGAUUUUUAAGACAGCCAUUUAAUCAGAAGAACUGACAUACUUGGUCAAACAACAGGCCCAUCUACCUAGUGUGAUAUCUCAUCUCUCAUAGUGGCCAAGAGUGGAUGCUGCGGGGAGAGAGUAUUAAUGCCAAGCGUACCCAGACUGACCUGUCUGCUGACCCUCUCUCCCUACAGCUUCCAGCUUUCUAAAAUUCCUUUUAGAAGGGAAUUUUAAGGUGAUUUUGCUGAAUGGGGACAUGAUUUUGGCACCAUGUACUGGGCUGGCAGAAUGUUUUUGUCAGACUUGUAUUUAUAUUCUAAAUUCCUUCUGAUGGGAAGCAGUAUAAACAUUUUAUUUAACACAGAUGGGUUUUUCUUGCUGUUGAAGGACCUUUGUAGCAGGAUGGAGAUAAUGGUUCAUGAUUUAUGAUAUUGAGGUCCUACGUGAAUAGACUACAUGAGGAAAAUUGGGACCAACUAUCCCGCCCUGAAGCAGCUCGACCAGUGGUAGCUAUGUUGAAUGCCACACUAAAGAAAUCAUGCAUGUUAGGCAACAUGGUGGUCAGCAGUCACUCUGCUACAGGCAUCUUGGAAAUGCACCAUGGAAAUGUACUGAUGAGCUGAGUCCCAAUUUUCCUGGUGCUGACAGAGCAUGCCAAACAGGUUGUCACUUUAUAGCCAUUGGCAGCAAGUACAACACAGUUUUUUUUUAUUAUUAUUUUUUAAGGUACGUUAUCAUGCUGCUUAAGUUGUACAUUUUCAGAUUAAUGAGCUGAGCAAAACUGGUAGUUUUCUUACCAAAUCUGUGUGUGUUCUAUGUAUAUGUGUACGUGCUAAGAAACAUUCUGGUCUAAAUGCUGGGAAAAUGCUCAUUUAGACCCCUGUACAUCAAGAUGGGAUUUAACUACUAUAUAGUACAUGUCUAUAACAUAUGGAACAUAUUUCAUGGUAAUGAUCUGUUAUGAUCUUAAAAUGCAGAGCUAUGGCAUUUUUGAUAGUAGAGCCAUGAUUGAGUUCUGAAACAUCCGAGUGACAGAUAAAAAGCUCACUCGAAGCUCAGCUACCAUGUACAGUAUUGUGUGUGAAAUGUAUAUUACUUUCUCUGGUUUUAUAUAGAAUUGUAUUGAAUAUGAAGAAGCUUUUUAAUAUUUAAAAUUUAAAAUUUAUUUAAAUG